AUGGCUGAAACACCGGCAACGUUCCCCGAGGUGCAAGGCGGGGGGAGUCUGAUCAUUGCGUGGCAGGUCAAGGGGAAACAUGUACUGGUGGUUGGCGGGGGCGAGGUCGCCGCGGGUCGUAUCCUCCACUGCCUCAAUGCCGACGCCAACGUAACGGUCGUUUCCCCCGCCGCCCGCCUCAACCCAGAGGUGGCCUACCGAGUCGCCCAGAAGCAAGUCUCGCACGUCAACCGCAACUUCAUCCCUUCGGACCUCGACGGCGCCGACAUGGUGCUAGUUGCAGUGGACGACCCGGCCGCCUCGACGGUCAUCUGGAAGCUGUGCAAGGAGCGGCGCAUCCCCGCCAACAUCGCCGACGUCCCCCCCGAGUGCGACUUCUACUUCGGUAGCGUGCACCGGGACGGCCCGUUACAGAUCAUGGUCAGCACCAACGGGAAGGGGCCGAGGCUGGCGAGCAUCAUCCGCAAGUUCAUCGCGAAACUCUUGCCGUCCAAUGCUGGGAGGGCCAUCGACACGGUGGGACAGCUGCGGGUGAAACUGCGCGAGAUUGCCCCCCGGCCGGAGGAGGGACCCAAGCGGAUGGCGUGGAUGACGAAAGUCAGCGACGCUUAUCCCUGGGACGAGAUGUGUGACUUGACCGAAGAGGAUAUCGGCAACCUCUUGCGCUUCUACCCCGCUGGCACCGUCCCGCCGUUAGAUGAUCUCAAGGCCAUGCGCGCGAAUGCCAGUGUUGGGAAUGAUGCAUUUGACGGCUCAUUCGGCUUUAGUGUUGGGGCUUAG